AUGGAAGAGUUUGGAUAUGGAGGAGCAGAGGACACUGAUGGAGGGGAGGUAGCUUAUACAGAUCAUGGACAACCAUACUUGUUGGGGGAUGGUGAACAUACAGAGGAGCCAAACUUGACAAUGUCAUGCACGAUGGAGGAUAUAAAGGAGACAUAUGGACCAGGUGUAUAUCUAUACUUUGACUUUGCCAAAGCAUGUAAUUGGAUGAACUUGAUCAUGUUUGGAGUGGUCCUCAUCAACAUCAUACCACAUCUUUACUAUGAGACCAAAGCUGGACAGUUCAAAUCAUUACGUCCAUUGGAUUACAUAUUGGUAGCCAUCAAUGUACAAUCAUACGUUGAGGCUAAAUCACAACCAAUCUACUUCUGGACUACACUGUCUGCGAUGGUCAUCAGUUUCUUGAUGACAUUUGGAUAUUCUCUAAUUAUACGUGGAUAUACCCAACAAUGUAGGAUGACCAACCAAAAAAAUGACUUUAUUAAGACAAGCAUUGGUGGAUCAUGGUUGUCACGAGCAAUUCGAAUCCUCAUUUGCUGGAUCAUCUGCGUCAUCAUCCUCAUCGUGUCUGGAGUAGCCAACUUCUACGCGGUCAAACUAAGAAACAACUAUCCACGUGACUUCCUAGCCGGUAUAAUAACUACUUCACUUGUGGCUUCAAUUUCAUUAAAAGGAAUCAAUGCAGUCUUUGAGGUGGGCAGCUUAUUCUUGACAAUGUUUGAGAAGCAUAUUACUUGGACUCAAUUCCGUCUACACAACACAAUCAAGUUAUAUGUAUUCAAAGUUGUCAAUCUUAUCAUGCUCUACAUCUUCCACGCACGUAUCUUCUCCUACUACACCGAUGAAACAAUCCAAGACACAUGUCCACUUAUAGACGUUGGUUCCCAAUUCCUCUUACUACUACUAAUUGACCUAACAAUCCAGAAUGUUUGGGAAGUAGUCUACUCUGCAGGAUACCCAAGGGUACUUGGUUUGUUUAAGAGGAAUACUCCAUAUAAUGAUAGAAGAGCAGAGUUUGAUCUGGCAGAGGAGUAUGUGGAAAUAUUGUUUAGACAGUUGAUCAUCUAUAUGGGCAUGCCAGUAUAUCCAUUCGUUACAAUCAUUGGUGUAAUAUGUGGAGUGGUGGACUUUUACAUUGACAAGUAUAGGAUGAUCAAGAUAUGUCGUCCACCAUACCGUACACAAGCUACAAUGCAUAGAUUCCUCACAUUCUACCUGAUGCUGCUCACCGCUGCCCUUGCCAUCUGCAUGUAUCCCUAUGGAUCUGGAUGGGUAUUAUUCCAGAUUGGAUUUGAGCCCAAUCCAACAACAUCAACACUCAACACUCAAUGUCCAUCAAUGUUUAGUCGAAUGCCUGGUACCGAUCUAAUUGUACCAUUGGUCAAUCAUAAUGAUUCUUCAUCAUCUUCAAGUAUGAUGUGA